AUGGUCGAAAGUGGUGUCCCUCAGGGUUCCGUACUGGGACCCAUUUUGUUCCUUAUCUACGUGGACGAUGCCGCAAGAGAUUUGGACUGUGAAGUAGCAAUGUUUGCGGACGACAUGAAGAUAUGGAGUGUAAUUCAUGGUCCUGCCGAUGAAGACAGACUGCAAAUGAACCUGAAUCGGUUGGAGGAGUGGUCAAACCGUUGGCUCCUGCGGUUCAACGUUGCCAAAUGUAGCAUACUUCGCCUAGGCAAUACAGCCAGAUCCGCCAGCACAAGAGGCUACUUUCUGGGCGGUGCAGCCCUACAAGAGGUCGAAGCCCAAAAGGACCUCGGUGUGCUUACGACGAGUUCCCUAAAACCAUCCGCCCACUGUUCGAGGGUGGCAAAAAGCGCAAUGUCCGUACAGUACGCCAUCAAGCGUGCGUUUAUGGACUUUGACGAAGAAGCUUUCUCUAAGACAUUCGGAACAUUCGUCCGGCCGCAUUUAGAGUACGGCAUACAAGCUUGGAGGCCGUGGGCUGUUGUGGAUCAAAACUGCCUCGAAAGAGUCCAGAGGAGAGCCACGAAGAUGGUCAGGGGUCAAAGCUCCUUUCCUUAUGCGACCCGCCUAGUAAAUCUGAACCUCUUUCCUUUGAGUUACAGGCAACUUCGCGGAGAUCUCUUGCAAGCCUUCCGCAUUGUAAAGGGGUUGGAUUGCAGUCUGGCCUUCGAGGACUUUUUUGAAUUUGCUACCACGAUCAACCUCCGAGCUCACCCGUUAAAACUGCGCACUCAGCAGGCACGGCUGGAUGUGCGGAAGUUCUCCUUCUCGGUUCGGGUGGUCAAAACGUGGAAUGAGCUUCCCGCAGAUGUUGUGAUGUCACCAUCUAUACAAAGUUUUAGGAAGAAUCUGGACAUAUUUAUGUUCCGAAAUGACCAAGAGCGAUGA